AUGCUGAAGCUCUGCAUAGCCUGCAGCUCAAAGGUUUGUCAGUAUGUUGAAGUAGUCUUAUAAUUGUAGCUAAAGGAAAAUAUUCUAAGGUUAGCCAGGAUUCUUAGUGUUUGUAAAUCAUCGGUUGCGUUGUAGUAAGUCUUCACCGGCAGUUGUCCUUCACCGCAACGAAGUGUUUGAUGUCAAGCCUGUUACUGAAUUUGAGUACAGUACAAAUUAGUUCAGAAGAUUACCAUCGUUGGGGUUAAUUCGGUUUUGCUUCGUUUAAUAGAGUUUUAGUUCGGUGAAUUCAUGAUCAGUUGUAUGCGAUCUUCGUUUCUGCUACCAAAACAUCGACAACCAUCACAUUGCUUGGUGCGCUUGUGUGACUUUCGUUGCAGUCCUCGACGAACGUAUUCUGUUGCGUUUUGAAACAGGUUAAAAGGGAGUAUGUUUUUACGCGUAAUACGGUGACAAAAGGCAACUUAUCGUAUUAUUUUACUGUACAAAUUUUACGCACGCGAGCUCAAGCGUAUAUACCCCGGUUGGGUUGGUUGCAACUUUAAUUUCAUUGCUGGACCAGAAAUCAGAGCCGAGGGAGUGAAAGCACACUUGGCUUAACUGAAAAAUGAAAAUACGUAAAGCCUUCCCAGCCUUUUAGACAUCGCUACGUUUCGAAAACAUGAUAAAAAGAGAAUGCAGAUCCUUACAACAAAACUUUUAUUAUCUUACGAAUCCUUACUCCUUUACAUAACCUCUAGUACAACUGGCGCAGAUCACUGAAAAUUCAUAACAUUUUUACCCACUCCCAGACUUUAGGACCUUCAGUAAAGCAAAGAACAAGUUCAAAAAUUAGUUCAGGAUAAAAUCUCAGUUGAACGUGUCUAAGUUUAGCGUUUACGAGAAUGAAAAUGAGUCAAUCGAAUUUUAUACAGAUUUACAAAUCGUCGAAAAGUAAGAUAAAUCCCUCAUUUGCAGUAGUGUAUGUAAAAUAAUUUCCCUCAACAGCCGUCGCUUACCGGAAUUGUAACCUAUGCUUAUUGACCUGGUGUAAGUUUAGAGAAAAAAAAACCUCCUGCACCAUGAAGUGUUUGAAAAUCCUCACUGGUAUAACUGAUAGAACAUUUCCAUGAAGUGGACACAAAGUAGCAUAUUCCGACUACCUGGAAAAUUCGAAUUCGUGCGGCGAAAAUCGACUGCGUUUGUCUCUGGGCCGAACUUCGUCGAUUGUUAAACGAAGAAAAUCCAAAUCGUUCAUUUAAGAGCGUUAAGGAAGCGAUCACAUGCGCUCGGCUAAACUAUAUUUGAAUGUGAAAAUUAAAAACGAGUAGCUGUUGAAAUCGUCCCAUUAGUUUACAACUUCAUGAUUGUGCUUAGUCGCUCUCCCAUUUUCAAGGAAUAUAUUCGGUUGCUUGAACCUAACCAAUAAACAUUAGAAAGACCACAGAAUGUGUAAAACCUCCCAUCUGCCUGCAAGGUAUAAAUAGUUGUAAAAAAAAAAACCAAACAAACAAAGAAAAAGAUAGUGAACAAUAUCUGGUAAAGAAGUGGCGCAAACUCCAUUUAGCCCAAAAGUUUGAUCAGUAAACCAAAUUUUUAUUUCAAAGUAACAUGACCGUUUCGUGUUAAUCGUAAAUUUGCAAGUACAGGCACAAUUCUCAGCGUUUAAUGUAUUCUUGAGUUCCCUUAAAAAAUUAUUUUUAAAAAUCCUCCGUCUUUAAGGGGUUGUCCAUUUACCUAAAAGAUUACAGCGAAAUGGGAAUCUUGAUUUAAAUCCUUUCCUUAAAUUUAUUUACUUAUUAUUUUGAGUCAUAUGCAUAUGUAUCACUUAUUAUAUAGGUCGCUGCCUCCAGUCGUACCUGCUCUUGCGGUCACGUGUUCUCACCGGAGACCCGCAGGAUUGGUGGGAAACGAUUUUCAGGUAGGAGAGGCGGGGAUUUGCGUCAAAAUUCUUAACCAGGCUACUUAAAAUCCUCUGUUUUAUUUGCGGAAUCAGUGAAAGGAAUCGUGAGAAAAUUGGAGAGAGUUUGGAUAUAAUUGAAGGAGGGGGGGAUUGGGGGUAAGGGGUGAGAUGUCAUUUAUAUGAAAGCUCUAGGUAAUAAGAAAUAACUAAAUGAAUUCAAUACUUAAGAGUAGAAAGAGUGGAAUAUGCGUAUUUCUUGUAAUGCACUGAUUUAUUAGAUCUCUCGUUUUCCCUGAUAUUUGCGGCUAGCAUUGCUACCUCAAGAGAGAAAAACUGGGCCAAAAAUGUCAUCUUUAAUUAAAAAAGUUAUUUCCGAAGUGGAAAUUUAAGGGACUUUCGAAAGCCAAAGAGGACUUCUUUUAUUACUUUUUUAAAACCCUUUCUUCGAGGAAGAAGGAUCAACAUUAUUAAAUCGUUGUUAGGUUACCGUUUGGGGACAACAAGAAGACAGUCGUUCAGUACUCGUAGGGAAAGACAACCAAAUGGCGGCGUGGUUAGCGAUCCUCUUUCGAGGAAGGUAGGACAAUUGUAUUUGUCAGUUAAUUCUUUUUUCUUGUAAGGAUAGGUUCAUAGUGUCAAUUUUGGAUCAGCUUGCAUUUUUCAAGUUAACUUAUAUCGUCCUUCAGUGUCUAAAUUCUUCGACAUUCUUUCUCGCGUAACUAAUAUUUCACUGUCUCUUCAAACUCUAGCUAAUUUCUAAGGUUGAAAGUAUCUAAAAUAGCUAUUCUCCUUUCCAGCCAUCGCAUGGUGCUGUCACGCAAAGGGCUCUCCCUCCCUCUCCCCCCCCACCACUCCUCCCCUCCUCCCUCCCCCCCACUCCCCAACCCACUCCCCCACCACUCCCCCCCCACUUCCCCUCUAUCCUUACCCUCUUAAGUUGCGCGGUGCAUGAUUGAACCAAAAGUUGAUUGUGAAGAAGACUUAUGUUUUGUCGGCGAGUGAAGAAACUGAUGCCAAUUUUGAAAACUCUAAAUCACUUGAAUGGUUAUUUGAUAGCUUUCUUGACUAAAUAUUCUUAAAACUGAAUGUAAAUGAAGACAUUUUAUCAAGAAGUAUGACUAAUCAGGGCGUGAAAUUGCGCCUAAUACAGGCGCCAAUGCGACUAAAUUUUUCACUUUGGCGACUAGAAUGUUUCAUCAUAACCUUACCAAGAGAUAUGGUGAAUUAAAUAGAUUUGCAAAGAGAAAUCCGCGGCAAACUUCCUCGUUAAGUUUGUUUCCGAAACGCGGCACAUGCAUCUCGAUCGACAACUAGACGCCAUCUUGGAUUUAGGUGAGCUUGAAUGUUGUAUAUCGUCCAUCCUAGUGUCCACUUUUUGGCACGUUAAAGUAAUUUUGGAAGGUAUGUCAGGAACGCUGACAGCGUAAAAAAGGGUUUUGUUUGUCUUUUAAAAUGGCGACCAACUUUUUUUGAAUUGGCUACUACGUUGAAGAAUUUAGGAGCCAAGUGGUUAUUAGAAAAAAAAAAUUAAUUUCACGCCCUGCUAAUGCUUUUAGAAAACAUUGGGAACUGUUGACUCAUAUUAGCCAUGAUACUAACGUGAAGUCAAAUGGAAAUGGUCUUCUUGAGGUCGGAGAAAACAAUCGGCUUCAAAAAGACAUCGCAGCUGAUUGGCUGAGGAAGGAGUCGGCUUUGUCCUUAUAGGCUUUACACGUUGCUUGUGGUUUAUAAAAGGCAACCUGUUUCAAGUAUAAAGUGCCUAUAAAAAAUUGCAGGAAAUUUAGAAAACUUUUCAUCGAAAAACGAAUGAUUUAUUGAAAGUACUCUUCACAAUUUUUCAGUGCCUCUGUCACUUUCUACAGGUGCGCAAACCUUCUCUGUAUCAGAACCUCAAAAGUCCCAAAGCUGUGCAGGAAAAAUCAAAGAACCCGCCAGAGAAACCCACCACAAAACGCAAGGGACAUCCGGCAAUAUUCAAAGAAAAUCAGACCAAGGCAAAAGUAAAAAAGAUCGAUCACAUCGUGCGAGUGUUGUCUUCGCCUGAAAGACGUUUGAAGCUUUCGCUAGCAUUAGCUGAGAUCAACAGAAGAUUGACAAGCCAAAUGCUCAUCUGGAAAAUGUUACCGUGUGAAACAGGAUAAACUUACAUAUCAAAGUUGAGUAGUCUCCUAGGCCGUCAGUCCGAAGGUCCUCGUCACGCAACGGGUGCUAGAGGAGUCGCGCAAUUGCGUGACCACUGGAAACGUUGCGUGACGAACUAAGAUAGAUAACCAACUCGCUACACCUGAGACAUUCAAGGAGCAGCGAGUACAUAAGUUUGUAUAUUAUGUACAAAAUGUUUCCGACAGCCUUUUAUGAUAGUUUACAGAGAGCAUCUAUCGCAGAAAUUUCAGUCAAAGGCAUCCAACGUAAUCAUACAAUUCGAUUCGAUCAUGGAGGAAAUGAAAACAACGCUCAUUUGCAAACCGCCACCAGUAGCUUCAGGCUGUGCUUGACGAAAAUAUCAAAAACACAUUUUCAACGCAACUGAAUAGAAGAUUCUUAUUUUAUACAUCGUGAUGGACAGAUCUAAAAUAUUUUCCUCGCUUUUACAUCCACGCUACAAACAUUUUUCAAUCAUAGCACGACACUGUUAUAAGGUUUGCUCUUUAGGAUAUUUCGCUUUUUUUGUAAAUUAUAGUUUACUAUGAUGUCAAAUACCGACGUAGCUAGAUUACUGUGGUUGUCUUGGUGUAAAUAAUAAUGAGUGAAACCCCUCUUUGAGGACUUUAACUAGCACAAAUCAAAUAGUGAAAUCCCGCAUAAAGUCUGGACGGGCUUCUACCUGAAAGCUCCCUACUCUUUUAUGCAGUUGUGGGGACUUACUCUUGUUAAUAAUAGAUACUUUUUU